CACCGCGGGCGGGAGGCGGGGAAAGCAACGCAAGCAGCCUCGACGCCAUUUGCUGCUGCUGAGCGUGGGCGCCAGCGGAUCGCGGUAGAGCUUGGUCGCCGGACUCUCCCGCGCACGCAACUCGGCCUCCAGCUCCAGCCGAGACCCACGCGGACCUCCGCUGCCCCGGGCGCCCCCUCGGAGGAGUCGCUGACGCCGCAGCCACCCGGGAAGAAGUCCGAGAAGCCGCUCGACCGUCUUUACCACCAUGCCCAAGAAUAAAGGUAAAGGAGGUAAAAACAGGCGCAGAGGUAAGAACGAGAAUGAAUCUGAAAAAAGAGAAUUGGUGUUCAAAGAAGAUGGGCAAGAAUAUGCUCAGGUAAUCAAGAUGCUGGGAAAUGGACGAUUAGAAGCAAUGUGUUUUGAUGGUGUGAAGAGGUUAUGUCACAUCAGAGGGAAAUUGAGAAAAAAGGUUUGGAUAAAUACCUCAGACAUCAUAUUGGUUGGUCUCCGAGAUUACCAGGAUAACAAAGCUGAUGUGAUUCUAAAGUACAAUGCGGAUGAAGCAAGAAGUCUAAAAGCAUAUGGCGAGCUUCCUGAGCAUGCUAAGAUCAAUGAAACUGAUACAUUUGGUCCUGGAGAUGAUGAUGAAAUUCAGUUUGAUGACAUUGGAGAUGACGAUGAGGACAUUGACGAUAUCUAAAUUGAACCCAACAUUUUACAUUCCAGUUUUUCGGAAGAUUGUCCUACAGUUUGAAUUUUCGCCAUAACCCUCCAAGAAGUUUUCAUUAGCAUGAUUGUAACUUAUUAAGGCAGUAUGAUUUGGUUCUAAGGUAUUUGUUUCUGUAAAAACUGUUAAUGACGAAUUAUCUUACGUGAAAUGUUAAGCCCAUUUUGCUCUAUUGAUAUAAUGGAGCUUACGGAUAGAAGACCACGUGUAUUUCAAACAAUAAUGCAUUACUGCCUUUCCUGCUUUGACCACUUCCAGUAAGUAAAUGGAUGUUUUGAAUAAACCAUUUGCCUUGUAUUCA